CGCUUGUCAAAGUAUGUGAUAUAGGUCAUGCAGAUGUGUGCCAAUUUGAUUGAAAGACACACGGAUAUUUUGAAAUGUUUAACAAGCGACGAAUACGCAGUAUUUUUUGCUUGACGAAUUGUGUCAAAGUCUUGUUACAGUGGAUAGACAUGUUCCGUUUCUUUACCUUCAUGUGACAUCGUACAAUCAACAGGAAGACCUGGACAUAUACUCGUCUUUAUUUUGCAGAACGAAAGUGGCAGAAGCAUUUUCUACAUUCAGGAGGGAUGAAAACUGCAACUGAGUUGUUAGAGAGCAUGGCGCAGUCAUGGGCUUUGUUAGUAGCUGUGGUUGGAAUUCUGACGUAUUUUUCUUUUAAUCAGAAGAAGUCGGCAAAUGAAAAACAAUACAAUGUUCUCAACGCAACAUAUGAUUACAUUAUCGUCGGAGCAGGAUCAGCCGGAUGUGUGCUUGCAAACAGACUUUCGGAAGACUUGUUGUCUACGGUACUUAUCGUAGAAGCCGGGGGUUCCGAGGAGGAAAAUGAAAAUAUGCAUAUCCCUGCUCUACCGGGGCUUCUACAGAACACAAAGACAGACUGGGCAUAUAAAACUGUGCCGCAGAAGAAAGCGUGCAUGGCGUUAAAAGACCAGAAAAGUGCUUGGCCAAGAGGAAAGGUACUGGGAGGUUCUAGCUCAAUCAACUAUAUGCACUACAUAAGAGGAAGUCGUCAUGACUUUGAUGGAUGGGCUAAAGAGGGGUGUCAGGGUUGGAGCUACAAAGAUGUCCUACCUUACUUUAUUAAAUCAGAGGAUAUCCAAAUACCAAGCCUUAAAACUUCAGACUAUCACGGAGUAGGCGGCCCUCUUACCGUCAGUGACGGAGCGUCGACCUCGCUAGUUGACGGAGUGUACAGACGGGGUAUGGAGGAACUAGGAUACCAGGCAGUGGACUGUAAUGGGGAGUCACAAACAGGUUUCUGCUUUUGUCAAGAAACUGUAAAAGGUGGAGAAAGAUGGAGUACAGCCAAAGCUUUUCUAAGACCCGCCAUGAAUCGUCCCAAUCUCCACGUGUCCACAAACUCUUAUGUUACAAAGAUACUGAUAGAAAACAAAAAAGCAGUCGGGAUUUCUUUCAUAAGAGACAAUGUAAAACACGUGGUCAAGGCAAAAAAAGAGGUCAUUAUUUCUGGUGGUGCCGUGAAUAGCCCUCAGCUUCUUAUGCUGUCAGGAAUCGGACCAAAGGAACACCUGUCAUCCAUGAAGAUUCCCCUAGUGGCUGAUUUACCGGUCGGAAACAACCUAGAAGACCAUCUCAUGAUAAUGAUGGUAUUCAUGGACAACUCCUCCGCUGCUUUCAACCCAUCAACAUGGUCCUUCUUGCAGUAUCAGUUAUUUAGAUCGGGUCCAUUUAGUAAAGUUCAUCUCGAGGGAGAUGCAUUUUUACAAGACGAUGCAAGAGCACCUCCAUAUUUGCAAUUCACAUUUUAUAGCAUUCAAGUUCCACCUUUUAUGUUAGAGCCCAUGGCAGAAAUGGUUAAUUUGGAUCCAAAGAUUGCAAAAGGAACAUAUGAUUUUUAUAAACGCAUAUCAGAGGAAGUGGGAGGGUCAUUCUUUGUAGAAAAUAGUCUUCUCCACCCAAAGAGUAGAGGCACCAUUCGACUUCAAAGUACAGAUCCUUUUGAUCCACCUCUCAUUGAUCCAAACUAUUUAGAUCACCCAGAUGACAUUAAAAAUUUAUUAAAAGGGAUUCAUGAGACACUUCAGUUAGCAAAUACCACGGCAUUUCGGGCUGUAGGGGCCUCUCCAUCAGAUCCUUAUGAAGAGUACUCGCCACCCUGUAACUCUUUGUCCCACCCAUCAGAUGAAUACUGGAUUUGUAGGAUAAGACAUUAUACGUACCAUUAUUAUCACCCGACUUCUACAUGCAGAAUGGGGGACACUGAUGACGUAACAGCUGUCGUCGACCCACAACUCAGGGUGAAAGGUGUAAAAAAUUUGCGUGUAGUGGACGCUUCCGUCAUGCGCCAUGUAACUUCCGGAAAUACCAACGCUCCCACUAUUAUGAUAGCGGAAAAGGCUGCAGAUUUGAUUCGAGGAAUAGAUAGUGUGCAAGAUGUACGAAAUAAAGUGGAGCAUUUGUAAAGAUAAAAUUUAAAAAUUGUCUUAUUGAAGGCACAUGUUAAAGACUCUAUGAUUAGAAAACAUGCAUCGAAUGAGAUGAAAUAUACAUGUAUGUGUAUGCGUUAGUAUUUUCUUUUUAGAUUUUUUCAAUUGAAAUUCAAAUAUUAAGAUGUUUCAUCAAAGAUUGUUAGUCCUUAAAAGAAAUAGUUAUUAGUGGCUGUGUUUGGAAUAUUGAAUUAUAAAAUUUAAUGGAUGUUUUUUACUAUCAAAUAAGACCAGGUAUAUAAAAGAUGGUCGCUGAACGAGAGAGUUUUUUUUCCCAAAUCAUAUUGUGCUAUAUUAUAGUAGUAUCGUAACAUAUAAUGAAAUAGAUUAACAAUAUAGAAAGGGUUGUGCUUGUAUGAGUCUUAUUUUAAAACUAAAACGCGAGAAGACACGUAUUUACAAAGCAUAUUUGUAGAUAUUUACUUAAUUGGAUGAAAAUUGAGCAUUGUUGAACAGUUUAAAGCAGAUCACACUCUAGCAUAAGACCUUUGUUCAUGUUUGAGACUUUAUCCAUGCAACUCGCACUAGUGAUUCGGUUUUGCAGGCAAGUAGCUUUUCAUUUCGGGACAGAUUUAUCCGAAAUAUACUGACAAGGAAAAACAGGUGGGAAAAGAGUGACAGCCCCCAUCCAACCACUCUCGCUGCUUUUGCCUCUUUCGGAGAUGUUUGUGUAAAUUGGUAUUGUGGUUUUUAUGCAUACACCACUAGAACCCUGCUUCAAACCAGACAAAACACCUAUUUGCUUUAGAAUAUACAAACAUGAAAGCUAUAUAUAUGCUUCGGUCUCGUUGAGGAACUUUAUAUUGGUCUCGCCACAUAGAAUGGUGACGGAAUAUGCAAAGGCAUUGGAAUGAUUUGGAUGCAGCUGAACUAUUAUAGCAGCAAAAAGACAUACGUUUAGAACACGAGGAAAAUUGUUAUUUCAUUUAACAACUUCAACAACUUCAAGAAAACAGUCAAGAAAUUACUGACAGUGUAUCUAACAACGAAAGUUAUUCUGAGAAUUUACAGUUUGCAAAGAAAAUGAAUUAGGAACACUCUGUGAUAUACGCCCUAAUAAUUACUCCACUGAUGAAACUGAUGAUAAUCCAGACAUUAAAAAACUAAUACAAUUGAAGAAGAUUUGCGUAAAUGGACUUUUAUGUAUUGUAUGAUAAUAUUAUAUAAUUAUAAUAUCAUA